UCUCCCGCCUGCCUUCCAUCUUUGAGGACAUGAAUUUCCAUUGUAAUAGCGGUCACGCGAAUGUCUUGUCAAUGUAAUAUACACUGUCUAAGGUUAAGGUACAUUUUGGGGUAAACUAACGUAGCAGUAGAAAUAGUAAGGGGUAUGGACGACCCAAGUAUCCAUUUUUGCGUUUAAUUUGUGUUUCCUGUUAUGUUGCAUAUAAUAUCCGGUUCUGAACCGUCGAUGGUCCUAUACAUCAAUGGGAAGACUGAAGGUUUUGGGAAGCCCUGCGGGGAUGCAAGCACAUAUACAGAGAAGCAAAGUUUAUGCUUGAGUUACUCUAGGACCCCACUGGAUGUGAGCACUCCUCUGUAUUGUUAUGCAAGGUCUUGGAUGUGUGAACCUUGGAAGUCGUUGUUCAAGAACAUUUUGGAGAACAUUUAGACCUGUGGCUUCAUGAGUGUAUAGAGCCACAGAAAUGAAUGAAGGGCUGGUGGAUAACCGAGGUUCCGGGAGAGGGCCAGGGGAGGAAGACAUGGAGAUAAACGGAGAGGUACUAAAACCUACAAAUGAUCUACUUAUAGAAAGGGAGGAGAGGACUGACGUUGGGGACAAUGGGCUGGAGAGGACCUCUCAGGUCCUAUCGCCACUGGAGGCCCUGGCUCCCUCGGACAGCCUUGACAUUCAGGACCAUGCCACCUCUGUUCCUGUGAUGACAGGCCAUGAGCAGACAGAGAAGAUCCCAGGGGGAGUUGCUGAGGAACAACCUGUAGACUGGUUUGAGCCCCUGGAGGAUGACAAUUAUGAAGAUGACACACAGGGUUGGAACUUGGGCCUUGCGAUGGGGGAGCGACGUGUGAAUGGCAAAGGGGAUGCCGAAGAGGAGAGUGUCGCAGGGAGCGAAAGGAGCGGUAGCGUGGCAGGCCUUGAGAAGAAAAUCAACAGCAACAACCUGUUUUCUGUUUAUAGACGGAAGAAAAGAGUAACAGUUGAAGAGGGCUGGGAGGACUGGCCGGCACUUGGAAAGGGGUGGAAGCGCAAAGCGGUUGUUCGUCGUUCAGGUUCUAGUGUUGGCCAGAGUGACGUUUAUUACAUGAGUCCGAGUAAUGAGCGUGUGAGAAGUAGGGUUGAGCUUUCCAAAGUCCUGGCAGAUACUCUGGACAUGACCAUGUUUGAUUACAAAGCAGGGGUGUUCAGGGGUGCUGGACAACCCAAGCCCUUGCGUGCGAGAAAGACGAACAUACAGAAGGAUCCUCCUCCCUUAGUGGACUGUGGAUUUUCCUCAGAGUCCAGCUUGAAGGACAGAGGGGACCGGGCAGACAGUCCUGACUCCCAUCACAGACUGACCCCUCUGAGUCGCAGCUCUAUGGGCACGCCAAGCAAAGAUCUCCAACAUACCACUCCCCCAAGACCGAACUCGUCUCUCGCGAAGAUUAGUUCAGCUUCUGUCGCUCAUGAUGUGGAAGAUGUGAAGCAAAAUGCAACUAAACUGCCCGUGAGCCCUGCAUCAUCACUUUCAGUCUCCAUCAAUGGGAAGGCUGGUUCAGAGCCCUUCUUUGGCAUCUGUGCCAUUUGUGGUAAUUCAUAUACAGGCUUAGAGUGUGAAAGGCAGAUGAAGAGUCCCUGUUGCACCAUAUGCAGGGCCAACAAUCCAACUAUAGCCAAGAUUCAACUUCAUCAAAGAUUCAGAAAGUGGAUUCCUUGUGGUCACUGUAGGGCUUGCCUUACCACAGAAGAUUGUGGGAGUUGUGCCAACUGCAAAAAAACACUGAACCCUGACACCAGAAAACUUGUCCGCUGUCGGAAACGCAAAUGCAAAUGUCCUAUCCUCAAGUAUAAACCCGAUGGUCCCCAAAUGUUGGAUCCCUAUCCCAUGACGAAUUUUCAGAUUGACAGCAGAGAAUUGCAGAACUCCACUUCUCAAUACAGUGACCCUGAGGACUUCUCUGUGAAUGUCGAUAUAGAAGAUGACGAUGAAGAGUUUGAUGGUGAUGAUGCUGACUAUGAGGCUUGGGUGAGGAAACGUAAGCGGCGCUCCUGUGGGAAGUGUGAAGCCUGUAAUAGUAGGACAGACUGUGGCACUUGUGAUUUCUGCAUAGACAAACCCAAGUUUGGAGGCAGCAAUAAGAAGAGACAGAAGUGUCGUCUACGGCAGUGCCAGAGACAGGCCAUGAGACACUUGUUGCCCUUUCAGUUGGGCCAGACUGAUUUUGGGUCCCAAGAGGGGUGGGUGCAGCUUGGCAGGCCUAGGCCUCACUUUACAUACAGUCGCAAGACAACCUCAAAGAAAAGAAAAACACCGCAUCUGCAAGUGGACAUGGAGUUCACUGAUGAUGACGACGAGCCACUGCAGGAAGAAGAGGAUUAUCGCUACAUGGAAACAGCACAUUGGCGCCCUAUGCUUCCCAGCAAACGCCGGGAUGAGAAUUUCAGAAACCUCAUACCGACAGUCCAGGCUCACAAAGAGACUGUGGAAAUUGUCAAUAAUAAUUCACUUCUGGAGCAUGUCCCAGAUAUUCUCAACCUUAUAAGUUCUCCAGCAUAUUGCACACUGUUCAAACCGGCAGACCCCGCGGUGAAAUAUGUUGGACCCCCAGUUGAGAAUACGUCCUCAGCAGCUCCGGACAGACAGAGUGGAAUGAAUGGAGGAAGGCCAAGUGUGGACAUGGAUGUAGAAACGCCGUCUGUGGAGCCAGAAGUGGAGGAGGUCACACCUAUGAUCACUCAGAUCUUCAGUCUUGCUGACAGUGCAGGCACAAGUGGGAUCGACCAAGAACAUGAGCUGUUAAAGCUACUGAAGUCCAUUCACAGCUCUGCACUCCCCACACUCUGGUUUGCCAUAAUGGUGGAGGGCCCGACACUACAGCUACUGCAGUGCUCUAAGCUCUCCCACAUGGUGGACACAACCGUGCAGAUUGACCCGAGCUUCUACUAUCAGAUCUGUGUACAGGGCCAGCCGCUGCUCCUCACCCACCCGCUGUAUGAAGCUCACCCAUCCUGCUUGACAUCUGUGCCCCAGGUGGCGAACCUGCUCCUGGAUCUGGAGAAGUACAACGUGUGCCAGGGGGUCCCGACCAAGGAACAGCCAUUCAGCCAGGCUCCAAUUAUCAUUGAGCGGGCAUCAACCUGUGACUUUCUGGUACUUAAAGAAACCGAGCACUGUGUGAGGUGUAAGGCCUUAUCCUGCAGCUAUUAAGGCCAGGACACCACACCGUAAUAGAGAUUCCCCCCCUUAAUCAUAUCACAAUCAACUUUCUACAGUUGAAUGUAGACACAAAUAAUAUUUUUUUGUGGUACAAUUUCAGAUUUAAAAAAAUAAAAAAAUAUACAAACUAGGUGACAUCUCAAUUAAAUAUUUGCAUAUCCCACACACACAAAAAGUCUGGACACUGGAUUAAGUCAGCCUAAAUAUUUUUGGUUUCAUAUUGUUAAGACACUCCAGGACCGGACUUACUCAGUGCAUUGUGGACAAAUACUUAAAAAAUAUUUUUAAUCUGUAAAAUACUAAAGACAUGAAAGUAAAAUGCAUUUUGGCACAUUAAAAAACAUAUUUAGAAUAUUGGGGCAAGUAUGAGUAUAUCUAAGGUUCACUAUUUGCUUCUGAAGCUGGGGGAAAUGAGUUGGCGUGUGGGAAGAGUCUUGACUUUUCGGAAUUGGCAGUUAGACAAGUACACUAAAUUUAGACUAACAAACACCUAUUUAGACCCAAUCACCAUCUCUUCAAAGUAAGUUACUACAUAUAGUUCAGUUUUUUACAUUUUCAAUGAAAUGGGCUUAUAAAUUGUGUAAUCCAAUGUAGUGGGCUUUGAAAUUAUGGAUGUUUGUCCAUUUUAAAGUGGUUAAAAUUAAUGACAUUUUGAUGACUAGUAUGAUAAACUAAUGAAAAUAUGCACUAUCAAGAUUGUCAUUUUUGUUGACUUUUUGAAAAUACUAAUGUUAAUGGACCAAAAUACCAACAAAUCUAAAAAUUGAUAGGUAGAUGCUGUGAUGUCAUUUCAGCCUGUGGUGCCUGGCCUUAAAAACAUUUGGUGCCGCAGGGUUACGAGUCACCAGCACUUAGCAGUGUCACAGUACAGGGCAUCACAGCUCUGCCCUUAAAGAACAUUUCAAGUCUGCUGGCAAUGGACAACCAGGACUGUAGUAUUUUACGCUUUUACCACUAGACUUUGCAAUUAUAUUUAAGAAAUUGAGGAAAGUGUUUUUUUUAUAGCCCGUUUUGUUAGUCUGUCUUACAAAUAAAUGUACAAAUCAUGAGGGUUUAAAGCCUGCUUUUUUCCAAUAGGUGUUCAGGUUGAUUGGAGAACUAGUACAACAUAUAGAUAUAGCUUUCAGCUGCUCUCUGACAUCCAAUGUGAGCCGUGUGUCCUGUUUAUUUUUCUUCUGUUUAGUGCUCAAGGUGGAAGGUCGGUGUGUCCACAUUUCCUCGUGUAGAUAAACCACUGAUUAUCUUGGGAAAGUAAGAAACCUUCAAACAAGUUAUUGACCAUUAGCACAUGAGUAUUGUUUGAUUAGAUCAUUGAUUUGCAAAUCAAUAUGUGAAACCAAUGCCCUAAAUGAAGACCUACAUGGAUGGGAUUCACAGGAGGCUGCAGAGGGGAGGACGGUGCAUAAUAAUGACUGGAAUGGAGCAAAUGGAAUGGCAUCAAAAACCUGUAUUUGGUACCAUUUCCCUGAAUCCCCUCCAGCCAUUAGCACAAGCCCAUCCUCCAAUUAAGGUACCACCAACCUCCUGUGAUGGGAUUAUCACAUUGUCAACCAUUUAACACAAUGUUGUUUUGAGAGAAGGGCUUCCAGAACCUCUUCUAGAGGGUGACAGACAGUGUGAUAAUUCUCAAGCAUUAUCGUCCUAUUGCCACUGUCAAUCAUCAUCUGAAGAGAACCACAACCAAAUGGCUUGCUUGAUUUGAAUUAAGCAUGUUAUGCUGUAUCUUUGACAGUGCUCAUGGAAACGUUGCUACAUAACUACAGUCAGGUCUCUCUCUGUUGAUGUACUCUUCAGAUAUACAUCUGAAAAAUACAGAUUUAAGCACUAUUUCGUUUUCUGUACAGCUAUUUUAUUUUAUAUAAGUAAUAUUUGUAUUUAAAAAAUUAACUCCGAAAUUAUUCUAUCAUGAUUGAAAAAAAUCCCUCCCUUGUUUGAAGCAUGUGAAUUAUAUUCCUAUGGGGCUGGUCAGUGUUUUUUUUUUCUUUUCUACUUCAGUUAUUCCAUAUGGUUUCUUUGUAACUGUUGGUAUCGUGGAGAAAUCUGCAUCUGUAAAGUGGGAAAUUCUGGUGAUAUAAUAAAGCCAAUUUAAAAAAUAAAA